CUCAUUACACAGUCGUCUUUUGCAGUGCUGCUCUGGACCUUGUUUGCUCUUCAUUAAGAAAAUCUAAAGCACCGCCUCCUCCAUCUGAAACAAAACCUAUUGCUGUUUCUCCGUUUGAUGAGACAGAGUCAGCCAACCUCAUCAUGGAGCAGAAAGAGAAUGUAAUUGAUAAAGACAUUGAACUAUCAGUGGUGCUACCAGGAGAUGUGAUCAAGUAUACUACAGUUAAUGGGAGGAAGCCCAUGAUGGACUUGCUGAUCUUUCUCUGUGCACAGUAUCAUUUAAAUCCAUCAAGUUAUACUAUAGAAUUGGUAUCAGCAGAAAAUAGCCAGAUUAAAUUCAAACCAAACACACCAGUGGGGAUGCUUGAAGUGGAAAAGGUGUUUGUAAAGCCAAAGCAAAUGGAUAAGAAGAAACCUACUCCAGUUAUACCAGAGCAAACAGUAAGGGUAGUGAUAAACUACAAGAAGACACAGAAGACAGUAGUAAGAGUUAGUCCACAUUCACCCCUUCAAGAGCUCAUACCGAUUAUAUGUAGUAAAUGUGAGUUCGAUCCUUCACAUACUCUGCUGUUGAAGAAUUACCAGUCUCAAGAACCCCUUGAUGUGACAAAAUCUCUUAAUGACCUUGGAUUAAGAGAAUUAUAUGCUAUGGAUAUCAGUCGAGCCACAUCACCAGUUGAUUUAAAUUUACCGUCUUUGCAAGACUCCUACCAAUCUGAAAACUUAGAUGGUCUGAAAGAGAAAGAAAACAAAGGGUUUUUCAGCUUUUUUCAACGAAGUAAGAAGAAAAGAGAACAAACUGCCAGUGCCCCAGCAACUCCAUUGAUGAGCAAGCCAAGGCCAACAUUCAUCACGAGAUCUAACACUGUGAGCAAGCAGUAUGAUUCAAACACUCUGCCAGCUGAAAUGCCGAAGAAACGGAGAGCUCCUUUACCGCCUUUGCCAAAUUCUCAGAGUGCUCCCCAGGAACUUGCACAAGCCCAAGUCAGACCAGCAUCUGGUACUGUGAGAUCUAACAGCCUAGAUAGGAAUGAACAGGCUCCUCUAGGAUUGGUCCGGACAGGUUCCCUGGCGCUCAGUGACACUGCUGCUGUCAGCUCUUCUCUGCGGAGGAUGAAGCGCAAAGCACCCUCACCACCCACCAGAGCACCAGAACAGCAAAGUGACAGCAGCAAUCAGACUGUAACAGAGUCAGCAGAAGCAGCACCUACUAAAGUGGAAGAAAGAGCCACUGAAAUGCAGUCUGAAACAGGUGUAAGGAGCUCAGAAUACAACCUGGGAGAAAUUGAUGAAAAGGAAGAGAUGAGUGUGCAACAGAGAGAGGACAGUGAAAGUACAAACUACUCUCUCGGGACAGGAGAGAUUACUGCAGCCUUCCACUCUGCUGAGGUGCCACUGGAAACUGAAAAAAAUUAUCUUGCUUCAUCAGCUCCAGUUCCCAGCAGUGUUUCUGUAGAAAACUCUCAAAGCUUCCAGGAAGAAAAACAAGAAAAUGUGAGCACAGAUGGCAAAGGACUACAGACUGAGAUAAGCAAAGAUCAGGCUGCAUUUGAAAAAGACAGGAAGCUUGGAAUUUUGGAUGAAAAUAAAAUAAAUGAUCACAGUGAGCCAAAACUCCUUUCAACAACAGAAGAAGGGAAAGAACUUCAGACAGUUGAAAUUAAAGCAGGAGAUUUUAGAGAAAAUAACAAGCUUGAAGUUGACAGACUAUCAAACUGCCAGCCAUGUAAAAACGACAUCUCUGGAAGUCACAGAAAUUAUCCUCAACUGAUUCCAGAAAAUCAAAAUCAGAAGACUAAUCAAACCAGCUCGGACACAGUAAAAACUCAGGAUGUUGCAAUUCAGGCAGGUCCAUUGGAAAGCAAUUUGGGAAGGACUAAACAGAAAGAAAUUACUGUUCCUGAAGAUUGCGAAUUAUCCACAUUCAGAGGACUGGUCCCUCAAUACAGCACAGAUACAAACAACCCACUUCAAGUGAGGCAUAGAAUACAAGAGGAUGAAGAUACACAAACACAACAAAAUAUUGAGAGACAAGAAGCCACCCAUGAAAAAGUAAUGCCUGUAAAAGAGCAAAGUCACAUCUGUAUGAAUGGCAGUAAUUUUGCUCCACCAGACACAACUCCAAGAACUCCAGAGGGCUCUCCUGUAAGGGGUUACCCUCUUUAUAGACAGGACACCAAACCUAAACCCAAGCCCUCUAAUGAAAUUACAAGAGAUUACAUACCAAAAAUUGGGAUGACUACUUAUAAAAUUGUGCCUCCAAAAUCCUUAGAAAUAAUGAAGAGUUGGGAAUCAGAAAUUCCAUCAGAUUAUAAGGAUCAAGAGGUAUCUACUUUGGAAAACUCUCUGAAGCAUGAAGAUCCUAAAGAAUUCAAGGUGCAAGCUGAAAUUCCUCAUCUUCCAAAAAACGUGGAUAAUUUACAGAAGCACUCACAAAAUGAACCUGCAGCAGCAAAUGAUCUGCUGCAGAGAGUGAACAGCAUUUCAAAACAAGUUUUGAUGACUGAAGCUGAGAUUACUACUGAGAGCAACCGGAUGGAAACAGUGUCUUCCAAACAGCGUGUCCCACUGCUGAGCUUGGAUAAUAAAAAUGCUUCUUCUGAAACUGAAGACAAGUCAAAUACACUAAGUCCUACAAUAAAGCCUAGUUCUUUUUAUCUGCAGAUGCAACGAAGAGCUUCAGGUCACUAUGUGACAUCUGCAAUUGCGAGAAGUACUGUUUGUGCUCCUAAUUCCAUUCAAAAUGAAGCUAAAAAUACAGAAAUGGGAAAUAAAAUCUCAUCACCUGAUCCAGCUUAUUUGUCUUUACAUAAAAUAAGUGCUUCCUCUCCUCCAGCAAAUGAAGAUAAAGUUGAUGAAAAAAGAGUUGAAUCCUCCACUUCUCCUGUUAUAAGCAAUAAACCUUCAAGUUUUCCCUCCUGUCCAGAAGCACCAUUGAACCUAAGAACCCUAAGAACUUUUGCAGUUCCAAAGCCAUACUCCAGUUCGAGACCAUCCCCUUUUGCUCUUGCUGUCUCAUCUGCAGUCAAAAGGUCCCAGUCAUUCAGUAAGACACGUACAAUCACUAGCCAGUCACCAAGAGAGGUGUUUCCUGUUGAACUACCCUCUGCUGCUUCAGCAGCUGAAUUUUCCUCGGCUACUUCUGUGCCUCAAGCGAAAAAUCCUUCCUUAAAAACCAUAACAGGGGGACCACAGAAUAGUCUAAUGGAUAAGAAGGCCAGCAAUGUGAAUAGUGAGCAGAAGAGUCAGAUGCUAUCAGGUGCUUCCACUGAUCACCCAGCCCCUGUCACUAAAAGACAAACUGUGGUGAUGCUUCAGCGCUCUGACCCAGAACAGAUCCACCAGAGUUUGAUGGCUGCAAUCCGCUCUGGAGAAGCUGCUGCCAGAUUGAAAAGGGUUGGUCCUCCAUCAAACACCAUAUCUGUCAAUGGAAGAGCCAGGCUUGCUCCUUUGUAUUCCACAGAAGCAAAAACUAAUCACUAGAUAUUAUACCAAAUAUUUUGC